CGCUGGUAAACCCAUGGAAAUCAGGAGCGUGUAGUGCGUGACUCUCCUCUCUUGACUACAACGCCUCGACUCCAGUUCAACCGACAGUCACAGUAGCCACUCUUCCUUUCAGAGUCGGUACCCGUUUAGCAGCAAAAGCUUUUCCCGUUACCUGCAAUUCCCCAUCCUUCCCUGGUUUUGUUUCCUUCCCCUAUUUGUCACAGUGAUGGCGGCGAGUGCGAAAAGAAAGCAGGAGGAAAAACACCUGAAGAUGCUGAGAGAAAUGACGAGUUUGCCUCCUAACAGAAAGUGCUUUGACUGCGAUCAGCGCGGCCCAACCUAUGCCAACAUGACGGUGGGGUCUUUCGUCUGCACCUCCUGUUCUGGCAUACUGCGAGGGCUGAACCCACCCCACAGAGUGAAGUCCAUCUCCAUGACGACCUUCACGCAACAGGAAAUCGAGUUCCUCCAGAAACACGGCAAUGAGUCAUGCAAACAGAUAUGGCUGGGGCUUUACGACGACAGAACGGCCUCCAUACCGGACUUCAGGGAACCCCAGAAAGUCAAGGAGUUCCUUCAGGAGAAAUACGAGAAGAAGAGAUGGUUUGUUCCCCCGGAGCAGGCCAAAGUGGUGGCUUCUGUCCAUGCCUCCAUCUCCGGCUCGUCAGCCAGCAGCACCAGCAGCACCCCCGAGGUCCGACCCCUUAAAACACUGCUGGGGGAGUCUGCCCCCACCUUGCACCUCAACAAGCACACGCCCAGUCAAUCUCCGGUGGGGAGUCGUGCGGCCCAGGCCCUCCAGCUGAGCCAGCAGCAGCAGUUCCACGACAAGAAGUUUGACCUCCUCAGCGACCUGGGCGGAGACAUCUUCGCCGCUCCGCCCCACUCGCAGACUGCAGCAGGCUCGGCGGCCAACUUUGCCAACUUUGCACAUUUCAACAGUCAGCCAGCUGCUCAGAACGCAAACGCAGACUUUGCUAACUUUGAUGCGUUUGGGAGCGCGGGUCCAUCGGGUGCUGUCCCCUCGGCACCCCAAGCCCCCUUCCAGACCUCACAUACAGCGUUCAUGUCCCUCUCAUCCAGCCGCAGUGUGGGUGAGUUUGCCACCGCUGGCACUGCUCUACCUCACCCGGGUGCAGGUGCUCACAGAGGUAGUGUCCCGAGCGGGGUUCCGGGCUCUCUCCCCCCGGGGGUGUCGGCAGGACUGCGUCACCCCCAGAGUCAGCUGACGGGUACGUCGGCGGCAGACCGCUAUGCCGCGCUGGCCGAGCUAGACAAUGUGUUCGGCUCUUCGGCCCCCGCCACCAGCGUCUACAACACCGUCAGCACUUCACAAGGGGGGAUGUUUGGCCCUGUGACAGGAGUCUCGUCAGCCCAGGCACAGCAAUGCAUGUCCAGCAUGCCCCAGGGUUUUGGAGGUCUGUCAACAAACCCUUUUGCUGCUGCAGCGGUUGCCCCGGCGACAGCCACCACCAACCCCUUCCAGAGCAAUGGGAGAGCAGCGGCCGUGGCGGCAGCAGGCCUGUUUGGGGCUCUGCAUGGGCAGGGUUACCCUCCAGCCCACUUUGCCACGUUUGGCACAGGGUCCAUGAGCAUGCCAGCUGGAUUCAGGACUGCUGCUACCUACAACCUCCCCACCAGCUUCAGUGGGACCUUCCAACCUCCCUUCCCAGGCCAGGCCCCCUUCCCCCAGCCUCUGGCAUAUCCCCAGCAACCCAACGGAGUGGGGUUUUCAGCCUAUGGACAGGCCAAGGCUGUGGUGACCCCCUUUGGACAGGCGAUGGCCGCACCAGGUGUCUCUAGUAACCCCUUCUUGGCCGGCGCCCCUUCAGGACACUACCCCUCAGGAAGCUCUUCAACAAAUCCUUUCUUAUAGCGCUGCUCCACCCAAACUUCCACCACUAGGGUGUUGUCAACUGGCGUGCUCCGCUCUCACCUCUUGCACUGUUUUUGUUUUACAAGACGCUUUAAAAAGACAGACACUGUU